UCAUCUCAACCUAGUGAGCGGAAGCAGUGUAUUACUCGUCUGCGGUAGCUUGACACUUGUACCAGCCAGCAGAGAGGGAUCCUCUUGUGGUGUUUUGGUCCAGUGGAGCCCACUAACAAAAAUGACAGCGAGGAAGUCUGGCUCACGACUGGAGACCGAGAUAGAGCGUUGCCGUUCAGAGAGUCAAUGGGACAAGAUACCGGAGUUAGUACGACAGCUGUCAGCCAAAUUAAUAUCAAACGAUGACCUAGGGGAGUUGUUGCUGGGGGAAUGCAAGCUUCAGACGUACCUGAAGGAGAACCCCAUUAAACAGGGAGCCAGUCCCAGGGGCCAACGACCUAAACUGGUGGAGGUUAGGAAACACCUCACUGCUGCUCUGGACAGGGGAAACCUCAAGGCCGAUUACAUCCAGGAAGCCAGCCUGUUGAUGGCCAAACUGUGCUAUGUAGAGGGAGAAUACACAGACGCUUUAGGUCACUACAGCAGGGUGAACCUGGAUGACAUGCAGCUGGGGGGAGCUCCUGUCUAUAGGCUGUCCAUGAUAGCAGAGGCGUACGCUACUAAAGGGCUGUGCCUAGAGAAGGUCCCAGCUGCCUCUCCAUCUCUGUCCAAUAAGAACACUGGCUCUCCAUCGUCCAAUAAGAGCACAACAGACCGGGAGCAGGAAAUCAUUACCUGCUAUGAAAAGUCUGGAGACAUUGCUCUGCUCUACCUGCAGGAGGCUGAGAAGGCGUUGUCAGCAGGAAUUCAGAACCGCAGCCCAAAGCCUGGCCCGACUGCUCAGGACUUGGAACUGGGCUACUUCCUGGAGACAGGCCUGCAGAGAGCUCACGUCAUCCACUUCAAGAACGGCAACCUGACACGAGGCGUGGGCCGGUUUCGGGAGAUUCUUCGGGCUGUUGAGAACAGAACCACCCAGAGCCUGCGCAUGACCAUAGCCAGACAGCUUGCAGAGAUCUUGCUCAGAGGAAUGUGCGAACAGAGUUACUGGUCUCCUCUGGAAGACCCACCCACUGUGUCACCAUUGGAUGAUCCCACACGGCAAGGACACACUCUCACCAAGAACUACAGCCUAAGCCGACGCCCACGGGUGUACUCAGGAGAGAAUCUGUUUUGCCCUCAGGAGAACACAGAAGAAGCUUUGCUGCUGCUGCUCAUCAGUGAGUCCAUGGCUAACCGGGAUGCUGUCCUGAGCAGAAUUCCUGAACACAACAAUGAUCGUAUCAUUAGCCUGCAGUCUGCCUCUGUGGUGUACGACCUGCUGACUAUAGCUCUGGGCAGGAGAGGGCAGUAUGAGAUGCUGUCAGAGUGUUUGGAGAGAGCCAUGAAGUUUGCCUUUGAGGAGUUCCACUUGUGGUACCAGCUCGCCCUGUCACUAAUGGCAGCUGGGAAAUCAGCUCGUGCCGUUAAGGUCCUUAAGGAGUGUAUUCGUCUGAAGCCUGAUGACCCCACCAUCCCACUGCUGGCUGUCAAGCUGUGUAUCGGACCUCUGCACUGGUUGGAUGAGGGGGAGUGCUUUGCUAAAAUGGUGAUUGACAUGGGGGAGAAAGCAGCUGAGUUCAGAGCCAAAGGCUUCUUGGCCAUCGGGCUGGUUUACAGCCUCAAAGCCACUGACGCAUCAUUGCGAAGCACACAGGAGGAGUACCAGAGGAAAGCUUUGGGAGCCUUCCAGAGAGCUCAGAGUCUGUCUCCUACUGACCAUCUAGCAGCCUUCUACUUGGCACUUCAGCUUGCUGUGUCCAGACAGAUCCCUGAGGCACUAGGCUAUGUACGACAGGCGUUGCAGCUUCAAGGGGAUGAUGUCCACUCCCUUCAUCUGCUGGCUCUCGCGCUCUCUGCUCAGAAACACUACCACGACGCUCUGAAUAUUAUAGAGAUGGCUCUGUCCGAGUACCCUGAGAACUUCAAUCUGCUAUAUACCAAGGUGAAGUUGGAGUCGAUGUGUAGAGGACCUGAGGAUGCUCUGCUCACUUGUAAACACAUGCUGCAGAUCUGGAAGAGUUUUUACAACCUUACCAAUCCCAGUGAUUCUGGGCGUGGCAGCAGUCUGUUGGACAGAGCCAUAGCAGACAGACGACAGCUCAACGCCAUGACUCUGCCUGACUUCAGUGACCCAGAGACUGGCGGCCUUCAGGAAGCUAACACUCUUGGUUUUUCCUCCAUGUUUUCUGUUUGCUCAGUUCAUGCAACAUCUAUAGCAGCCAGUCGUGUAGAGCAGGCUCUGUCUGAGGUAGCCUCCUCUCUGCAGAGCAGUGCCCCCAAACAUGGACCCCUGCACCCCUGGAUGACCCUGGCUCAGAUCUGGCUGCAUGCAGCCGAGGUGUACACCGGCAUGUCGAAGCCAGCAGAGGCCACGGCCUGCACACAGGAAGCCUCUAACCUUUUCCCCACAUCCCAUAAUGUGCUGUACAUGAGGGGGCAGAUAGCUGAACUGAGGGGCAACAUAGACGAGGCCAAACGCUGGUAUGAAGAGGCCCUGUCCAUCAACCCGACGCAUGUCAAGACUAUGCAGAGACUGGGUCUGAUUCUUCACCAGCUGCAGCGCUACAGUCUGUCGGAAAAGGUCCUGAGGGAUGCUGUGCAGGUCAACAGUACGGCUCAUGAUGUCUGGAACAGCCUCGGUGAGGUGUUGCAGGCUCAGGGAAACGCUGUCGCUGCCACCGAGUGUUUCCUCACCGCCUUGGAGCUGGAGGCCAGCAGCCCCAUUCUGCCCUUCACCAUCAUACCCAGAGCACUAUGAAACACACACCUUCACAGUUGUAGCCUCAGUACUGUAACACAGUGGCACAAAUGAUGGACCUGCGAGCCACACACACACACACAAACACACAGCAUGCCUGCAUGCCACUCACACACCUGCACAAGGUUUUAUUGCCAUACCCUUACUGUAAAUACACACACUGUAUAGAAAUUAAAAUAGUACACAUAAACGUACAUACAUGCUUCCCAAUGCUCACCCGUGUGUGUGUGUGUGUGUGUGUGUGUCUCUCUCUCUCUCUCUCUCUCUCUCUCUCUCUCUCUCUCU